ACAAGCAAGAUGGCUGUCAGAAGGGCUGUGAUACAGCUGGUUUUACUUUAUUUUUCCCCCGGCGUCCAAUGUUUUUUUGAACGCAUCAGCUGCACCAUAUCUUCUGACUGCAAUUGUGAUUUUAAACCAAAUAUACGAGGUUUGGAAUGGGAUCUGUAUAAGAAUCUCUACGGACAGCAUCUGGCCCAGGACACGGUAUCAGAGGAGGUGGCAAACUUCCUUCAGAAGGAGAGUCCAGACCGACCCCUCGUCCUGUCCUUCCAUGGGGGGUCAGGGACGGGCAAGACUCUGGUCAGCUCCAUGUUGGGGAGACACCUGUAUGGCACGGCUAUGGGCAGCCCCUACAUCCAUCAGUUUGUGCCAACACUACACUUCCCCUUGCCUGACCGCGUCCAACAGUACAGGCUGGAGCUGAAGGACUGGGUGCAGGGGAAUUUGACGGCCUGUGCCCGCUCCAUAUUCAUCUUUGAUGAGAUGGAGAACAUGCCCCCGGGGGUCAUCGACAUCCUGAAGCCCUUCCUCGGGCCAUCACACACCGUGUUCGGCACCAACUACCGCAAGGCCAUCUACAUCUUCAUCAGCACCAUUGGGGAGGAGGUGAUUCACCGAAUGGCCCUGGAGACCCGGCAGGCUGGCAAGGAGAGAGAGGAGAUCAGGCUGGUGGAUCUGGAGGACGCAAUCUCACAGGCAGUGUUCAAUAACAGCAGAAGUGGAUUCUUCCAUUCCAGCAUCAUUGAGGAGAAGCUGUUGACCAGCUUUGUGCCCUUCCUGCCCCUGGGCAGACGCCAUGUGGAGCGCUGUGCCCGCAGAGAGCUCUGCCAACGGGGUGAGUGCCAGCGCACCGAUGUGGUGGAGGCAGUAGGGGGAGCCGUUGUCUACAUGCCCGAGCAGGGACAACACUUCUCCAGCAAGGGCUGUAAAUCUGUGCCAGCCAAAGUCAACCUCUUCCUAUGAGUUAAGGUGAAAGCCAUUUUUAAUUGUUAGAAUUGUUCCCAGAGCCUCAAACUGAUUAGGGUGGAUUGUAUCAGACGGUGAACUGAACUGUUUCUCAAUGAAGAUCAUCUAUACAUCUACACUACAAACAGGAGAAGAUUGAUUGUAUUCAAAGAGGCAUGUAGACUUUUGAGGCGGUCUGCACACACAAGGUCAGAGCUGCAAAGGCAGAAACAUUAACAUUGAUCACAUUUUUACUGUGAAUCUCUAGUGAUGUAUCCCCCGGCCCGGAUUCAGUUCAGAAACAGUGGGAGAGAUGUUCUGCAGUGUCUGGAACCGAGAGCCAGCCUCUACCUCCAAUCCAACAACCUUUCCUUUAAACAGAAAAGUGCAUCAUUGAAGUUCUGAGUGUAGUGUGGCCGUAGGGGAAUGCAUCAUGAUUUCACAAUUAUUGCUACUAGCUAACACUGGUUGAAAGGAGACUGGUCACUAAAUGUUGUCAAAAUGAACCAGUGAUCUGUGACUUCAUUCAGGGAUGUGUACUUCCUCCAAUAGGAAUAGACUCUUCCAGGGAAGUAUAACGCUGACCAAAAGGGAGGCCAUAUUUUAAGGGGAAUGUAAGAGGUAAUGUUAAGGGAUAGUUUGGGAUUUUGGCAAUCAGGCCCAUUAUCUACAGUCAGAUUAAUUUGUGGAUAUGUUAGCAUUGCAUUGUGUCAUAUAUCCUUAUCUACCAGGUUUUGUUAAAUUGAAACAAUCUGUCAUUACUUGAAAGUUGAAUGAUCAAGCGUUAUCAUGGUGGGAUGACCAGGCAACUAGGAGCAGAGAAAGUGUGCUCCUCUUGCCACUUGGUGGCAGUAAAGGCUCUUUUGAUAGCCAAGGAGACGGAAUAGAACAUCUCAAGAGUUUUUCAUUGAAGAUUAUUCUUUUAAUCACUGUUUUUAAGAGUCUUUGUCGAAUUAUUUGUUGAUGAAAAGAGAAACAAAGAAUAAUUGAGAAAUGUUGGUUUGAAAUUAUUAUAUAUAUAUAUAUAUAUAUAAUAAUUUUAUAUAUAUAUAUAUAUAUAUAUAAUAACACAUACAUACAUACAUACAUACAUACAUACAUACAUACAUAUAGAUAGUAUGGAUGAUGCCCUAGAAGUUCAGUUUAUGAUGAAAUAGCCUAAAUAAUAUUUACAAUACUUGAAUUUGGACAUACAGGAAAAACAAUGUCAGUUUACUUUUUACAUUUUUGUUUGAUGCAUUUUGAUAUGCGUCAUAUGCUGUUGAAAAAUGCAUCUGCCUUUCAUUUUACUGAUACAUGAUGACAAACUGUAAAUCUAAAUAUGUGUUAUUUACUUUACAGGCUAGUUUUGGACAGAGGGAGCCUGUUCUUUCAUAGUAAUCUCUGAACAGGAGGCUGUGUAGGUUGUCAAUAAGUGUUUGCUGGUGGAAGUGGGAUAAUCAAAGGGUUGCCUUCUUUAUACUUGAACUAAUGUUUAUAUAAUUUGCACUAUUAAGAACUGAGUAGAAAAUAUCUUAUUACCUUCGCUUGUCUGUAUAUUUAUUAGGAAAUGUAAUUGUUUAAAAAAAAUAGUUUUAUUUUGUUUUAAGGUUCUACCAAAAUCAGUUAUCAAAGUUAAUAGCCUUGGUUUCUUUAUCAGUUAUUUAACCAUUUUGCUUUAAGGCAAUAUAAACUUUCAUCAAGUUUUAUAGAAAUCUAUAUAGUGUUGUCCCUUCUUAAAAUGCCUCCAGAGAACGCUUUACACCAACAACAGAUUGAAGUAGUUAGGUUGUGACUGUAACCCACAUUCAUCCACCGUAUCUGGAUAUUUGUGUCAAGCAUGUAUUUGAUAAAAAUGCUGUUUGUCUAAUCCUACAGUGGACAGUGUGCUCCUGACUGAAACUAAACACGUCCAGAAGUGCGAAAAGGCAGACCAGAAAGCAAGCGUUGACAAAGGGCGAUUUGCGGUCGAAACGUGUCAGGUUUUUCAUAAAUAAAAAAGCACCUAUGCAUUAGAAAACUUUUGUUGCGGCCUUUUUGGAAGAUGCCCUCACCUUUUCUUUUUGGGAAUAUCCAGAACUGCAUUUGAACAAAAGUGUCCAUUGUCUUGUCAGUCUCAACCUUUGUCUCAUAUGUAUUUAUAAGUUGUUACCCCUCAAUUUUUAUUCCAGUAACCCUGACUCUGGCUAUACCAGCUAUUAGCUGAAAGAUUAGUGCUUUCUCAAAGUAUUCACACCCCUUGACUUUUUACACAUUUUGUUGUUACAAAGUGGGAUUAAAAUGUAUUUAAUUGGGUUUUUUUGUCAAAGUUUUACACAAAAUAAUCUGUAAUAUCAAAGUGGAGGAGAAAAUCUAACAUUUUGUAGAACAAAAAUAAUGAAAAAUUAAACCCUAAUAAUAUAUCUUGAUUACAUAAGUAUUCGACCCCCUGAGUCAAUACAUGUUAGAAUCACCUUUGUCAGCAAUUUACAGCUGUUAGUCUUUAUGGUUACGUCUAAGAGCUUUGCACACCUGGAUUGUACAAUAUUCUUCAAGCUCUGUUAAGUUGGUUGAUGUU